UAUGAUUUGAGGACAUAACCCUUAAGCUUGGUUAAAAUGGGCCAGACUGGAGUUUGAAUUGAGCCCAUCAUCAACCUGAGCCCCACUUUCAAAAACGAGAUAAGAUAAGUAAAUAAAAAGCGCAAGACCACUCAUCGCUACAAAUCCCAUGCAAAUAUCCACUACAACUACAAACCAUCCAAUAUCAUCUGAAAUGGGCAGCCUGCACUUUGCUGCAAUCUCUGUCCCUUAUAGAAUCAAUUACACGGCCAGCACUCCCGAAACCCUCAAAGCUUCUAACCACCUUGGCUUCCGGAAGGGAAGAAUCAGAGCAGUUAGCACAGCCGCAGAUACGAAAUUCGAUUCAGGGGCGCUCGAAGAAGAACCACCUGCAGUCAAUCUUGCAUUUGUUCAUUCUGUCUUGCUCCCUGAUGGAACCCCGGAUGUACAAUGUCGUCGAACAUGUGGUGGGCAGAAACUUAGGGAUAUAAUGCUGGAUUCUAACAUUGAAUUGUAUGGGCCACAUGCUAGACCUCUGUUAAACUGUGCAGGAGGAGGAACUUGUGGGACUUGCCUGGUGGAGGUUGUGCAAGGGAAUGAGCUGCUGAACCCUCGUACGGACAAAGAGAAGGAAAAACUCAAGAAGAAACCAAAAAAUUGGAGACUUGCCUGCCAAACAACAGUGGGAAAACCAGAUUCUAGGGGGCUGGUUGUGAUUCAACAAUUGCCUGAGUGGAAAGCGCAUGAAUGGAAAUACGAAAGAUUACCUCCCACGGAGGAUUCUCAAGUAUCUUAACAACACAUUUUUGCUUGUUACUUAUUGUAAAAAAUUUCUCUGAAAUUA